AUGCCGGGCUCCAAGAAGGACCGGAAGAAUGGCAAAGAAGGCGGCGGCGUGGUCGCAGCGGUGACGAAACAUGGUGCUAAGUUCUCCAACGGGACCACCACCAAGGAUUCUUCUUCCAACCCUUCACCUGUUAUCUCCCCAGAGAUGAACCCUUCUAGCCUCUCCUCGAACGACAACCACAUCGCCUCGCCGAUGCUGGACGCCGUUUCAUCGACAUCCUAUGCAACGAGCAACUCGCCGCGAACAAGGGAAUGGGCAAGAGGGCUCGGUGCAGGCAUGGCUGGGUCUCCGGUGAACCUCAUUAGCCUGGUUGGGGAGUCACCUCCCACGGCACCCUCCUCAUAUGAGGACACGCGCGGCAUCCGGUCCGGCUGGUCCUCACCGAGGCCGGCUGUCGGUUACCAUCCAGCCUCGGCUUCGCCGCCGACUGCUGGCCGCCGGCCGCUUAGUUUCCACAUGGACAACCAAUAUUCACCACCAGACUCGCAUCUGCAGCUCGCCGCGGCAGCCGCGAGACGCAGCUCUAUGCACUCGCAUUACGCCCAGGUUAGGGCUGCCUCGAACCCGCCGCUCCCGCAUCAACCACAGCCGCACUUUUACGGUGCGCCUGCUCUCGAUCUUGAUGUGCAGCAACAGUCUGGCAUGAAUGCCGGCGAGAAGGGCUAUUAUUUUGGCUUCGAUACCCUCUCGCCGCAUGAUGCUGACCGCGUCCCUGGAAAGGACAACGUGGUCCUUGCCGGAUAUGAGGGAGGGCUCGAGGUAUUCUCGGUUGGAAAACGAGGCCUCGAGAGCGCUGCUAGUCUAAAAGGACUGCGCGGGGGCGUGUACCAUGCCAAGGUUUUGCCGUGGGCGCCUGAGAAUUCUGAGCUGUUCCCUCUGGUUGCGGUAGUUAUUCAUGGCCCGACCAUUCCGCCGCCGACGCCGGAAGUUACCGUCGAGGGGGACUACGAUGCGGUUUCUGCCGAGAGGUCCGAGGCGAUGAGCAACGCCAGCCCGGAUCCCGCAGCCAGGAAUAUUGGCAACAGGGUUGCCCCUGGCUUCGUCGAGUCGUACCAGACAACGGUUGAGGUGUUCUCGUUGAAGACUGGCCGCCAGGUGAGCGUUCUUCUUGAGGCGCCUAAGAUACCCCUCAAAUCGCCCAUCACGAGCCCGAGCUUCAAGGCGCCUCCGCCGAGCGGCGCGUUCCAUGUGCACGCCGAUGGUGGCAAUAUCGUCGUAUCAUCAGGCGUCACGGGUGAGUGUUGGGUCUACCGGCAGGCACCACCCGGCGACGAGCAUUCACCUCACUUCUGCUGUCAUGGCAAGCUCUGGACUACCCUCCAGCAACCGCUCAAGGGGGAGGCGGCUUCGGAGCCCGAGAGAGGCCGUUCGCCCGCUCCUCCGCGCCCCCGACCCCAAGUUGCGAUCCUGAGCGUUAGUGGCAGAUGGAUUGCUUACUGCCCUGCCGCGCCGUCCUCUCAGAUUGCUCUGAGGGCGUUGGUCACUGUGCCUGCGGUCGGCCGUGCUCCAGGCCUGGCCACUGUGACACCUCCCCAGCUGCCGCCCGCCACGGCUGACCUCGAUCUUCCCCUUCCCGAGAGUGUCAUGAACAAACUCAUGAGGGAUGCCACCCAGGAGCUGAUCCAGGGUGCAAAAUGGGUCGGCAAGCAGGGUUGGCAGGCUUGGAACAAUUACUGGAACCCGCAGACGAACCAGCCACCACGAUCACCGACCCUCCCGCCCCAGGGUUGGGCAGGAGCAAGUGGUGCGCGGCCGGAUCCCUCGCAGUUCCCACCGACCCACGGAACAGUUGCUCAGCCGAUCGCGAAGGAGCCAGGUCUGAUCUCGAUUCUAGAUAUUGAGAGUCUCAGCUCCUCGGUGAACCCACAUCCGGUUACCACAUUUGCAAUCACCCACGGCUGCAGCUUUCUUUCGUUCUCACCGUCCGGACUUACUCUGUUCAGCGCGAGCAGCAAGGGCGAUGUGCAGAGUGUCUGGGAUUUGAUGCGAAUUCAGCACACCAAGUCCUCGCCUCUGCAGGCUACCGGAGCACCUUCGGGUGGCCCGCGGGUGCGGCAGAUUGCCCAGUUUUCUCGUAUGACCGUGGCACGCAUUGUUGAGGUCGCCUGGACACGCCCGAACGGCGAGCGUCUGGCCAUGGUCACAGAACGAGGCACCGUACAUUUACUGGACUUGCCGUCGAGUGCGUUUACGUGGCCUCCCCCCCGCCGCCGGAAACCUCAAGAGGUUGAGGCCGCCGCCCCGGAAGGCCCAGCUACGGCAGUUUCAAUUGCCUCAAAUGCACUAAGCUCCGUCCGCGAUGUCGCGCGCCCACUCAUCAAUCGCCAGCGCAGGAGCAACUCCAACGCACCGCCGGCGGUGACGGGCUCAGCCAUCGGAGAGUAUGCUGCGCACGGCGGGAAGGUCAUCGCCGCCAGCAUCGGCCAUUCGCUAGGCAAGACUGGCAACGCGAUCAAUCAACUCCGCCACACGGGGGAUAACAGAGUUUCGCUUCCUAGCUCGACUACCUUACCCGGGUCGUCAUGUGUGUUCUGGAUUACUAAGAAGACAAACCACUCGCUCUUCGUGCUGGGCGGCGGUCUCGUUCGGGUGUUCUCGACUAAGAACCGGAUAACACCGUCGGGGGCCAACAAGCGCACGCCGCGACUCUCCCGGUACAAGGACUUCCAAGUUCCAUUGUUGCCGGACGAUCUCCUGUCUCCGCUCGUCCAGAACAUGCUUGAUCUUGAUGAAUACCUGGAUAUCGAGCAUCUAGACGCCGGUAACAACACUAUGGUUCUCAACCAGCCCAGGCCACGGCCUCGCGUCCAUGGCCACGGCGCUGAGUCUUCUAUUCCCCAGGCUGAGAUAGAAUCCAGCGCGCCGUACCAGCCGUUCCAUACAGACAGGCGGGUGGCGCUGUAUGAGAUGGGGGUGCCUCAACAAGAGAUGGACCUCACCGCUCUCAUGGCAGCAACUUCGCUGGACGAGACGGCAUCAGAACACACCCCUCGGCGGAAGAAGAAAGCUCAGCAGGCCCAAACCGAAAGUGGCCCGUCGACGCCUGCGGGAUCAUCCGACGCUUGGGUCUUCGGCCAGGCGAUGCCGGCGACCAAACUCGACCUAGGCAUGACCCAACUUCUGGAAGACGACUCGUUCAACUUGCCGCUUGACGCCUCGCGCGCGCUCCCAGCAUCUGCGAUGGAAAGAAUCCUGCAGCGGACCGGGGAUGACGACGCGCAAAUUGUGGUCACGACGCGCCGGAGACGGGGGCCGGCACCUACGCAGGACGAUGAUGGCUUUUUUGAGGACGACUGUGAGGUGCUUGAUUUUGCCGACCAGAGGGUGUAA